AUGGCAGACACCAACACACAAUCGCUUCAACGGCAACGGCAACAGCAAACCAUGAUUCAAGCUCGCCGGCAACAGAUGCAAAUGAUGGCUGCUCAGCAACAGCAACAGCAAAAUCAAAAGAAUUCUAUGGAAGUGAAUAUAAAGACCGACAGCAGAGAUAGAAGUAGGAUACACUUCCAACCCCAAUCUCAAACUAUGGGUACAUCACAUGACGACCUCCCAUUUCAACCCGCCGAUAUGAUCUUCACCAACGUAGGAUUUCCAAAUUCCAAGCCUGGUAUUGUAGGUUCUUAUGAGACUGCGUGCAGAAAGGGUUCUCUUCCUGCAGUUCAACCCAUCAUAAGAGCUGAGACCCGCACCGCUUAUUUUCUCAACCAUGGUCUCAACCUCGCUCUACAGAAUGGGAAUAAUGAAGUUGCCAGAUAUCUCCUGUCAUCUGGAGCGCCAAUUGCCCGAGUGACACCAGCUCAUAUAUUAUCCGCACCUUCCUCCCGACAAAUUCCACUUUUUGAGCUGCUUUCUGAGUUUGGCUGGACGCCUAACACUCCCGGAUUUUAUGGUCGAGUUCUCCUUCCUGAGAUCGUUACCAAUAUUCCUCUCCUCCGUUGGUUUCUCUCCCACGGGGCAAACCCCAACCUCGGUUCUCAACGUCUUCAUCACGCUCGAUUAGGAGAUCCCGAGAUAAAUUCCUGCGCUACUCUGGAAUCUGCAGCACGCAAAGCAGAUGUAGAAACCGUGCGCCUACUCCUAGAACACGGAGCCAAGAUUGAAAACGGAUAUCCUUUGCACUAUGCUGCAGGCUCAUGCCCUCCAGGAGCAAACCCACAUAUGGCUCUCGUGACUCCAAGUACAGAAUUCGAUAUUAGUCGAAUUCCAGUUAUGGAGCUAUUGGUCUCCCAUGGUGCAAAUGUAAACCAGAAGGAAGAAUCAAGAUAUAUGGGACCUGGUUAUCCGAUUGUGUAUGCGGUUAUGGCGGGAGCGGUAGAGAGAGUGUGUUGGCUUUUAGAGCAGGGCGCCAAUCCGGAGUUGGGGGGUUCGUAUGGGAGUGCGGUGAGCUAUGUGGAGGUGAUGGGAAGUGAGGAGAUGAGAAGUGUCGUAGUGGAGGGUGUGAAAGCAAGGAGGUGGAUAAAGGAUGAAAAGGAGGCGGAUUCUUCGCAAUGA